AUGCCUUCUGGAACUGAACAAGGCGUGGAUCCAACACCAGAUCUCCUAGGAAAAGAUGUGGCGCCAGAAUUUACCUUUGCUGUUUGGGAUCGAAAUGGAAAAAUUUGCAUUCUCGCAAAAUUUACCGCGACUUUCGUUAUAACUUAUGACAGUAUAGGUGGAGAACAAACUAUUACAGUGAAUAUGCCGGAAGAUGCCGAAGCUAGAGGGCGUUGUGGAACUUUUGACAAAGGACCUUUCUUAGAGUUAUCGUGGCCUGGAUUCCGUUUAGUAAUGACAUUCACUGAGGUAAAUCCUAAGGAAAAGAUAGAGAACUGGGAAUUAAUAUCAAUGGAGCUUUUAUACAAUACUGCUAGUGCUCUCUUUGAUGGUGCCUCAAACGUCGGGAAGAAAACUGCACACAGUUUAGAAGACGAUCUUUUUUCCACGCCUUAUGGAAAAUCGUAUUUUUGCCCUUCUCCUGACGUCAUCGCCAUGUACAAUUCCAAAAGAGAAAAAGUUGUCCUAGCACGAAUGAAAGAUGUCAGACUACAAGUAUAUGAUGUACAGAAUGCAAAAUUUUCACAAAUCCAAAGAUGCAGUUUGGUCAGGAUAGGCGGAAUACCUGAACCUUUUGGCCAAGAUGAAACGGUACCAAUUGCAGUUGGCAGCACUUUGGCAGUUGUGUCUGUCUUAGUGGUCAUUGGAUAUGCCCUCUGGAGAAACUUGUCGACGAGGAAAACCGACUAUGACACGAUGGAAUGAAGAAUUAAAGAACAUCUAGGCAAUUUAGAAAUUUAAAUAUUAUUGAUACGUUGAAGAGCUGCAUUG